AUGGGAGGAAACUGUAGUGACCCCAAGAACCAGGGGCCGGAUUUACUCAGCUCUCUCGUAAACGCUGCCUCUCGUAACACUUACGGAGAGUGUAGGGUUCUCGCCAGAUAUCGGCCUACAAACUUUAGAAAGUUCUUGGCCACUGCUAGUAAAUCUCUGUGCCUCGCUGUCCCGUGGCUUAACCCCCUGGGCCCUUUUAACAAGCCUUUAAGUAUUUUCCCUCCUUUUUCUACCCCUCAUUCUUAUAUAAGUGAUAUCAACUGUUGUAGAGGGCCCCCUACAAUUGUGUUACCAAUGCAAUUCAUCCUGGAACCCAAAACUGGACUUACAGUCGAAGCUGAAGCCUACCUUUGCAUCAGGUCAAGUUCUACUGAAUAUCCACAUCCUAUAUUUAAGGCCAUUUCCGUCUACAAAAUGAAGUUCUUGGCCACUGCUGUCAUCUUGUGCCUCGCUGUGCUGUACACUCAGGCUUUACCAGCCGAAAUGCCAUCUUCACCACUGCUGCUGAGUCGGGUGGCCAGGUCACCUCAGUUCCCUCCCCGAGACUGUGUCCCGUGCAAUUGUAAAACCAAGAUCACUCACAUUACCAUAAUCGAACAUGAAGUAAGGCCAGCAGCCACAAGGUUCGGCGGCAGCCCCCCGUGCUGCCCAUGCCCUCCACCUCCCUUCUGAUGCCGCUGCUUCUCAUGGACCGAUGACGUCAAUCUUCUCAAUAUGCUCUAGACGGAAAAUCAUAAAAAUCAAGUAAAAAACACUAAACAAACUAAAUGGUAUAUUAUUAUUGAAUGUAUUCAUAUGCAAAUAAAAUUGGUAUAAC